GAGGGUAACAGGGAAACAGCUACAGUAGCUAGCGUCUGCUUCUGGACAAUGUUAAACAAAUUGAAAACGAAUUCAGUUCGCUGCGAUGUGAAAUACUAAAGAGAAUGGAUAUAUCACAACUGAUGAAGUACGGACACUUUUUCUCACGCCUGUGGACUGUCCUUCGCCACUUCUCAUGGAUGUGAUGUCAAGCUAAAGGACUCAGGAAUUCGGAUUUGCAGCGUCUGCUAACUGUGUUGCUAUAACGUUACAACGCUGCUCUUGUCCCAGUUAAUAUGACGCGACUUGCUCUUGAUCAAGUGACAGAUUUUGGCGAUUUUACUAGAGGUAAAGAUUUAAACGAGUUUUUAAAGCAAACGUUUUUAAACAAUUCUUCAAAAAAUGGCUUGUCGGAUGUUAGAAUCAGUCCUGAUGGACGCCACAUCCAUGUUAUUCUUCGUAAACCGAAGUGUGGUCUCUUGACAUUUGAUAAAUUUCAGAGACCACAUCUAAUACAAUGUCAGAAGCAUCUAGAUUUAGUAUUAACCAAAACUGCACCAAUUGUUGAUGUUGUUUAUCUGGAUAACAACAAAGACAGUGGUGUGGCAAUACUCACUGUGGUAUUCGAAAAUGGCAAGGCGGAAUUCUGGAAAUUUUGGGAACGGAAAUCAGGUUGGCAUUUGCUACAAACUGUGGAUCUAUGCAAUAGCCCCAGGGCCCGAGUGGUAUCGGUCUGUGUCAGCCUGAAUUUCAUUGUCUGGUGUGAGGAAAGGCCUCAGUCGGAAAGCUCAUCUACCAUCAAUGCAAACCGCAAUAACUUCAGGUACUGUGUCUGCAAAAGAACCAUUGAAGUGGACGAAGGGGGUGUAAGCCUAGGAGGAGUCAAAAUAGCACUGCACAACAAUCCCCGUUACAUGGUCAUAAGCUCAGGCGAGAAUGUGUACCUAUUUUCGGAUGAUGCCAAGGAUACAUCUCCAGAGACUGUUUCCAAAUUCUUUCUGACGUGGUCACCUCAGCAUGAUUUGUUUAGAGUCAGCUCUACAUGUGAAGGUGUCCUGCAUCAGAGAUCCUCUCCUGCAAACAGGGAGUCUGACUUCAAGCGCUUGGUCAGUGACUGCAUAGGAGCUAUUUCAGCCAUCAGCCCACCAGCCAUCUAUGGAUUUGCUCCGACAGGCAGUGGUGGUCUCCUGUUCCUCCUCAGCUCGGGGUGGGUCUGUGAGAUGCAGAAGGAUGGCGUCCUGCGGCACAUAUACAAGCUGCCAGACAAUUGCCUCGCAAGCUGCGGCACGCACAACAGCCUCAGCAUCUACCACAACAUUUUAGCACUGACCGUGGGCAGGACCCUCUACUUGAUUGACACCAAAUGUGGCCGGGAGCUGGAAAAGAUCCCCUUGAAAAAGGAGAGCGUCUUGUUCGUGAACUGCCUGGAGAAUACCACCCCGCACUUGUUGUCGGACACCGGCCUGUUCGUGGUGAUGCGCAGGGAGACCGACCUGAAGAACAAAGCGCCGUCCCCCGGCGGCCACGGCGAGGUGGUCAGCUCAGGCGCCGUCCUGGUGGAGGCCGUCUUUGAAGAGGCGUGUAAAUACUACCAGCAGAGGAGCCUCGGGAGCACACAGUUGACCUCGGAGAAGCUGAAGAAAGGGGGGAUGUUUCAGGCGCCCCUGUCGCUGGCGGCCAUCCUCAGGGACUACCUCAGCGGCCAGAAGCCUGCCGACAUCGCAAAGUGCAACGGCGGCAACGAGAAGCUGCUGUGCUCCCUGGAUGGCGAGCUCAAGAGUCUGGUGGCGCUGGAGAGCGUCAAAGCCACUCUGGCGAAGGCCACGGAGAAGGACCUGGAGGCCCUGGGCGAGACGCUGGUCCAGCAGGAGGUCAGCAGGCUCCUCAGCUCCGAGGUGGACCGGGAGAACCUCGUUUACCUGAACUUCGUCUUCCAGACGUUCUCCGCCGAGGCGUGGCGCGCGCUGCAGAGCGUGCUGCUGCUGCGGUGCAACGGCGAGGGCUCGCUGUCCACCAAAGCGCCCGCCGAGGUGUGGAAGACGGUGCUGGCGCCCAUCGCGACCGCGUCCAACUUCCACCACCACCACCACCACAACGGGCAGCAAAAGCAGGCCCCCGCCAACGUGGCCCUGCCCGUGUUCGAGCUGCUCUGCCACUCCGUGUUCCGGCACCAGCCCGCCUGGCUGCCCAGGUUCCUCGACCUGGCCCAGGAGCAGGCCGGCUCCUCGUCCUCGUCGUCCACCUGGGGCUACGGCGUGAAGGAGUCUCCCGAGAGCCUGCCGCUCUACAAGCGGGCGCUGACGGUGCUCCCCGACAGCGGCAGCGGCGAGUACCAGGACCUGGAGGUGGAGCUGCUGCUGUGCAGCCGGCGGCCCAACGCCGUCAUGCAGGCGCUGCGCAUCCUCAUGGGCCAGGGCCAGUGGGCGCGGGCCACGCGCGUGGCCGAGCGCUUCUGCCGGCAGAGCCCGCUGCUCAACAAGGAGAUCUUCACCACGCUGCUGUGCGAGGUGGCGCACCACCGCCACCUGGACCCCUACCUGGAGCUGCUGUGGGCGCUCUGUCCCGAGGACCUGACCGUCACCAGCAUCCUCAACAUCGUGCUCAAGAACCUGCCCUCCUCCUCCUCCUCCUCCUCCUCCGGCGCGAGCGCGAGCGCAGGGGCCCGGAGUGGGGCGACGGCGGCGGGGCCCUUCCCCGGUCAGAGCAGCAGCCAGCUGACCAUCGGGCUCCUGAAGCCGCUGCUCAGCAAGGCGCUGCUGCGCGAGACCAAGCCCAGCCAGAGGUACGCCGACAUCCUCCAGUCGCCCACCUUCCCGCCGCCCACUCCCCCGCGCCAGACCAAAGGGCUCCCCAGGGCCGCCACCGAGCCUGCUCUGGACCAGCAGGACUCCAAGCCAAGGACUUCGUCGGGGCCCGGAGUGGUGUCACCCCUCAAUCCUGUCUAACUGUGUCCAUGUUUUUUCCCUCUCUCCGCUGAUUGGCCAAUCCCCUCUCGCUCUACUCACUGACUUCAGUCACGAGACCGAGGGAGUACACGGAGUUCAUUUGUGAGUGUGUGUGUGUGUGUGUGUCUGUGUAAGUGAAUGAGUGUGUGUGUGUGUAUAUCUGGGAUUGUGGGUGAUUCGGGGUGAUUCUCUCACUGAGGUGAAGGAUUGGAGACUGAUUAAAGAAGGCAGGGGUGUUUACACUAAAGCUGUGAGAUUUAUUGUUGAAUGACAUUGAUGGGAUGACUUAUGAUCAAAGCAGGUGAAGGCGGCAUUUUUGAAAGCAUCUAUCUUAAUGAAACUCCUGGAUUGUUCUGAAAAUGAUAUCAUGCAGAUGGUGUGCGUGUCUUGGGCAGUAAUUCAGGAACUCCAGGAACCUUUUUUAAACUAAGCAGCCUUUUGGUUGUAUGGAGUAACCUAUUGAGACCAUGCUUAACAGUCCAACCAAAGGUUAUCUUUCUGCUUUUGUGUUUGUAAUUCCUUGAUUGUGCCUAUGAUGGUUAGGUAGUUCAAAUGCCUUAUAAUACUUAGUCGUCAUUAUCAUAUCUUCAUAUGUUCAAAAGACUCAAGGCAUUGUACUGAGUAGGACAUGUAAACGCUCAUGUUGGCCUAUUGUUUACGGUGGUGACAAAUGUAGUUAGUAACCAGGCCUAUAAGAACAAGACUUAUCAUCUGUAAAUUUUGUUUCAUGUACAUACAUACAUAAACCUUGAUUGCACAACCAUGGAGAAACCGUGGACAAUCCAUGUCUUAAAGGUUGUGUAUGCUGAGAUAUAUAUUGACAUCUUUCAGUGCUAAUAUCCUUAUCUUCAGGGCUGUGCAUGUAUGUUAAUGUUAAUGACUUGCUUUGACUAAUAGCAUUGACAGUUGAAAACCUAUGUGACCCCUCUUGCUCAAGUCUGACUUUUGACAAAGGCUUUUUUUUGUUUAUCAUAACACAAGCUAGAGUUGAUUGAAGUUGAUAACAUGAACAGACUGGACUCUGCUUUGCUACUGCUGGAGAUAAAAAAAAAAAAAAAAGACAUUCUUCUCUGAAAAGGGACGCAAUCUCCUUAAAUGAAAGCUCAUACUUCAAAGCUCAAUCUGACAAGCGGAGCCAUCUUGGGUUCAAAUCGCACCCUCGCUCUGGUCACAGGCUUCCCACAGGCGAGCUGUGUCGGCCGGCAGGCAUGCAAGGCAAGGCCAGGCAUUUACCAACCGAUUCAGCCCCCCCUCCCAGUCCCUCCCUUCACAUUCCAUUGCCACUAAGCAGCAGCAGCAGCAGUCUCAGCCCCCCUGUUUAAAUUGAAUUUUGCAUAAUUCUGUUAUGCAGUGAAUGACUUGCCAGAGAGCGGUGGAUCGGCCUGCUGUGUCUUGCGUUUGGGUCCCAGUGUGGCUGAUUCAAUUUGGGGCCCUUUAAACACACAGAGUCACACUCCUUUUAUAUUUACACACUCUACAGAUGUACACUUGGGUUUGGGUCUGGGUUUGACGGGGACUCUGAUGCAUCUUGAAGUUUCAUUGGAUGGAGUCGCCAGUGAAUAAAUGAUCAGAGAUUCCUUAAGCACUGAAAGUAAGAUUUGAUUGUAAGAAUUGAUUGUCCAUGUUUAAAGAAAGCCCUUUUUUCCAUAUGAAUGCCUUGCAUUUCUUUUAAUCAUAUCUGACAUGCCAUGUACAAUGCUGUAAUGUGCCUAUGAACGGUUUUAUUUAUUAUUAUUUUUUGUUUUGAUCUGCCUUGAGUCUGUGACUGACUACUGAACUGGGUUAUGCUGUAUGUAUCUUCCACAGUAUAGCUUUUCAUUGGCAGCCUGCUGCCAUGGCUCAAAAUGGUGUGGCCUUGCGAAACAAACACAUUAAUAACUUGAUCAGUGUGUUUCCUGGUAAAUAGCUUAUGUUAACCCCACCCCAUUACCCUGGCUAAUAAAAUUUCUUUUGACCUAUAAGGAGCAACACUCAAGCUUUUCUUUUGUCCACCCAUGUCUGGUCUGUCACACAAAGACUUCGAACACAAGAUGUAGACUACUCCGGGUUCCCAUGGGGUCAUGGAAUUUCUGGAAUAUCAUGGAAUUUGAAUAAUGUAUGCAAGGCAUGGAAAGUCAGGAAAAUGUAUCAUAUAGGGGGCAAA